CCAUUCCGGCUCAGAGGCGGCGUUAGCCAAUCCAAGCGAUCUCCGCUCAAAUCGGAAAGUAUUUAAAGGCCUACUGCAAUUCCGACGCGUACGCCCUGGUACGCCUCAUGUCGACUACUGCACCUCCCCAGCCUCCCCCUGCGCGUCGCGUCAUCACUGGCCACACGCCAGAUGGCAAGGCAAUCUUCGUCAAGGAUGAACCUGUCCGCUUUUGGCCUGCUCAGGGGACGACGACGAUGUUGUCAGAUGCAUAUCGGUCGUUCGGCUUCCCGAUAAGCAACGACGGAGGUCUCGAGGAUGUCCUCAAGCCCCGCGAUGACGAGAUUGUGAACUCCAAUGGGAGUGUCUUCCGCAUUAUGGACAUGCCUCCUCACACGGAAACGGUUCUCCAUCGUACACUCACGAUCGACUAUGGCAUCCAUGUCCAAGGGGCCCUCACUCUAGUGCUUGACGACAACAAACGCACAGUCUUGAAGCCCGGCGACGUUGUCGUCCAACGUGGAACGAUCCACGCCUGGGUCAACGCAUCGGACGAGUGGACGCGGACGUAUUUUGUUCUGCUCACGGCAAACAAAGUGAAGCCUGGGGAGAAGGAGCUUGAGAUAGAGUUCACGCCUAUGCCGGACGAUUGGAAGGUCACCACCGCGUAGUGCCGCGAGUGCAUAGUACUAGAUUAAACCUUGAUGUGCUGAAUGUAGGAGAAAUUUUCGUUGGUAUUCCCGGCAUAAGACGUACACUCAGUACAAGAUAGUGGGUGUGUGAUUAGA